CAAUAAAUCAUAUUUCACAUCAGAUCAGAUGGUUAAAAAAUAUUGUGACCUCUUUUUAUUAACGGUAAAUGGUCCCUUCUAUACAAUCUCAUUUUUUUCAAGUUGAAAAUUAAGCUAGAACAAGCGUUGUGGCAACUCAAGUCUCUUUUAAAUGAAAGUUGGCAAUGGACUUCAGCAUAUGAAGCUUUUAGACUUGUUAAGAAUUGUGUCUUUAUCCUCUUCUAAUCAGUUGUUCAGAGUUUGAUUUUCAUCUUCAAACCAUGCACUUCCUAACCUUCUUCCCCUAAAACUUUGUUUCACUCCCAGAUGAUUAGAAGGCUGCUCCAAUUGCCUAAAAAGGAUCAGGAGUCUGCUGCUUUUUUUAGCUUUCUCCUACAUUAUUGAUAAUUGCCCGGUUUUUAUCUUGUUCUUCUUUGUCAUGUAAUCUCGGUCUUUCAAUAAUCAGAUUUAGUUUAAAACCAGUUUUAUCGAGACCAAUGGUUCCAUUUAUUAUGUGAGGACCUUGGUUGUGGCAUGGUGUUCUUUUUGGGUAGGUGCCUUAGGCACUAAGUUACUUGGGCUUUCCAUUCUGUGUGUGACAUACUGAUUUUGAGAGACCGUUCCACAGGCCUUACAUUUUUAUUCAUUUUCUUAUCUAACGUUAGAUACUAGUUUGUGAAAGCCCAACAUGCAUUAGAGGAUCAUAAUUAGUCUGCAUCUUGAAGUUGAAAGAUUGUGCCGUAUGUCAACUUGCGCAUGCACAUCCUGCCCUACCCAUUCCCUUCAGCAAGAAGGCCCUUAUCCUGAGCUUUCCCCCCCCUCCUGAAUUAUCAGCAAUCUACAGUUUAAAUUCAACUUCUCCUGGCCAGGUGUUUUUGAAUUUCACGAAUUUCAUCCGUCUCUGUUUUCUGAGGACCUUAGCCAAAGUCUUCGAAUCAUAGCAAUCCACAAUUUCUUAAAUGUUGUCUUGAAACAUCCACAAGCUUCUACGGCAAUUAUUCGGUCAUCACUCAAUAUAUGUAAAUUCACAAUCAAGUUGUUCUUGCCUGAUGUCUUGAAAUCCAUAAAUUUUGUGCCUCUGAUCAUUUGGCCAGUGGCUCCUAUUCUUUAGAAGCACUGUAGAUCUUGUUUGGGAAGCCUAUUAUUCCUUUUCAAAGGUUCAACAUACACCUUUGUCUGUUUUCAUGUGGCACUUGACUGUCUGUGCUUGAUCUUCAUCUUGACCAAACACCAUGAGAGCAAGGAGAGGAAAGAGUUCUGAGCGUUUUUGGCCAUCCAUUGUCAUGAAAAAGUGGUUGAACAUUAAGCCCAAGGUUCAUGAAUUCAGCGAGGAUGAAAUUGAUACCGAGAGUGAGGAUGACGAUGCAAAAAGUGUCGAAAACGAACCCCCUAGAAGAGAACAGAGGAAUGAAUCUGUAAGCCGUAAUCAAGCCUCAAACAUCCCUGGAACACCAUCAAAAGAUUAUCUCUCGAGGCUUAGAAGAGGGAAAUCAGAGACUCUACGUGUUCAAUACAUAAGCACAAAGGAUAUCAGAUUGACAAUAGGAACCUGGAAUGUUGCGGGAAGGCUUCCAACCGAUCACCUUGAGAUUGAUGAGUGGCUGCAUACAAACAGACCUGCAGACAUAUAUGUUAUUGGUUUUCAAGAGGUUGUCCCCUUGAAUGCUGGGAAUGUAUUGGGUGCAGAGGAUAGCAAGCCAAUCCCAAAGUGGGAAGCAGUCAUUCGUAACACCCUUAAUAAAACUCAACAAUCGGAAUCAAAACGUAGAAGUUACAGUGCUCCUUCCUCACCAGGACGAAGGGCAUCAUCUGCCCCUGAGGUGCUUCAAGAAGAGAUCAGCAGCCCUGAAGUUGAUAUGAGGGGAAAUGAUGAAGCUUCCCUUUCCAAUGGUGCUGAUGAAAAUACAAACUUAAGUGAAGUAAUUAAAUUGAACAAGAAGUUCAAGCUGAAGAGGAUGUAUAGCCUUGAUAAUAGGACUAGUAAACUGGAUUGGCCUGAGCAUUCAUUAGACAAGACACCUCAAGUUAUCUCAUCCAAUACCACGUUGAGAAGAGUUCUUAGCAGUUCAGGGAGAAUAGGCUUUGAUUGGCUGGGGAAGCCAUUGUUUCUGGCCCCUCAGAGUGUGAUAUCAGAAGGUGGGCUGAAAAGAAUGUAUAGGAGUUCAGGGAACCUUGGAUUGAUAUGGCCGGAGGAGUCAGAGGUGCCUGAUCUUGAACCAGAUGCUGUUAGUUCUCCAGAGUUAAUGGGUAACAAGGAAAUGGACUCUUCUAUAAUCAAUGCAGAGGGGCACAUUGAAGAAGCAACUGUGAUAGAGUAUACAGAGCCAGAAGCAUCUGUUGUGAAGUAUAUAGAGCCACGAGCACAAUACGUGCGCAUUAUUGGGAAACAAAUGGUGGGAAUAUAUGUAUCAGUAUGGGUCCGUAGAAGAUUGAGGAAGCACAUAAAUAACUUGAAAGUUUCUCCUGUGGGAGUUGGAUUGAUGGGUUACAUGGGAAACAAGGGUUCUAUUUCUAUCAGCAUGUCCAUCUUCCAAACAAGGCUAUGUUUCGUAUGUUCUCAUCUGACUUCGGGCCAAAAGCAAGGUGCUAAGCAGCGUCGUAAUUCUGAUGUGAAUGAAAUCAUACGUCGCACCCGCUUCUCUUCGGUCUUCGAUUCCGAUCAUCCUCAGACUAUCCCAUCACAUGAUCAAAUAUUCUGGUUUGGAGAUUUGAAUUAUCGUCUCAAUUUGUUGGAUUUGGAGACAAGGAAACUUGUUGCCAGGGAACAAUGGGAUGAACUUAGAAACAGUGAUCAGCUGUGCAAAGAGCUGAGAAAGGGCCGAGUAUUUGAUGGUUGGAAGGAGGGAUUGAUAGAAUUUGCUCCAACAUAUAAAUAUGAGUUCAACUCAGACAAAUAUGCUGGAGAAAAUGCAAAAGAAGGGGAAAAGAAGAGGUCCCCUGCAUGGUGCGAUCGAAUACUUUGGUUUGGGAAGGGCAUCAGACAGCUUUUUUAUGGGAGAGCAGAGCUCAAACUCUCAGACCAUCGGCCUGUGAGCUCCAUAUUUCUUGUAGAAAUUGAAGUUUUUGAUCACCGCAAGCUCCAGAGGGCCUUGAACUUUACAAAGGCAGGCCUCUUUAGCGAGGACACUCUUCUUGAGGAUGGAAAAGCAGAUCUCUUGCACACCGAAAACACCAUUCAUUGCAUUUAAUUCUGAAAGGAGAGUAACAGUUGGAGGCUCACUUGCAGGAUAUGAUGUUGAGGCUAAUAAUGAUACUAAUGCAUACACAUUUCUCUCACACAGUAUUGUACAAUUAUGGGAGAGAUGUAAUUGAUAUUUCAUAUACGGCAGUGUUUAAUAUGUCGAGUGGAGAGGCUUGGAAGUUUUUGUAUUGUAUGAUCUCCCCCUCUAUCUAUGUAUUUGUAUCUCUAGAGAAAAAAUAAAUACAAAAGUAGAAUAAUAAAAGCUCAAGGAGGCCCUCAUCAAGAGAGGGGGAGCAAUUUUAACGGGUGGGGUUCUCGCAAAAACCUCUGCUAGUGCUGCUUAUUAAGAAAAAAGAAAAGCAAAAAAAAAAACUCUGUUUCUGUAAGCAGUUUUGAUGCAUACUUUGAAACUCCUACUACAUUGCAGUGCUGUCUCUCAUUUA